CCUCCCCCUCCGCCUGCCUCUUAUUCCAGCACGCCUUCUCGCCUACACCGCCCUAGCUGCGCACCAUGUCCCGUCGAGAUGAUGCUGGUCAGCACCGGCAUGGCCCGCACGUCCAUGAUGAUAGCUGCGAAGAGGGUGAUGCAGAGUGGAUCGAGAGUAUGCUGAUGACAUACAGGGCAGAGCAGCAUGCUCAGCAGCAGCGACAGCAGCAGCUUCAGCUCCAGUUUCAGCAGGAGUCUGGCCAACCUGGAGCCUUGUUGCCGACUUCUGCUCGUGGCCUUCCUCACUCCUCGUCAACGUCGUACCCGCCUCACUGCAAUCGACCAACCUGGCUCUCCUCGCUACCUGCAGAGGGUUUUCCCAUACCUGUAGAAGACUGGACGCAGAUCCUGGCUAGAGGCUCGACUUCGACGUCUCCCUCUGCCUCAUCACCGUCACGAGAAGGCAGGCUCGAGCCUAUUCACUUGCAGCAUAGUAGUAGAAUCGACGUGAUUGGGCAUGACGACCAUCGAUAUGCGAGCGCUGACCCGACGGCGAGGCUGCCCUACUCAGUAGAUCGCGAGCGAGGCGUGAUAGCAGACGCAAAGGUGAGUGAGAGUGGUCGCGUUGAUAUCCUCGCUAUAGCCCUAGCUCGAACGCGUCGCGUAUCACGAGAUCGUAGUGGUAGUUGGGCGAUCGGCACUGUGUUGAGCAGGCCUGAUCGUCGCCACCCCUCGUCUGAGCGACGACGAGGUGCCAGCGGCCAGGAGCGCGCUGGCCUUAGCUCGCGGGCCGGGAGCGAUGUGGUGAGCGAUCUCGAGAGAUGCCUUGCUUGCUUGCCGGUGGGUCGCGCCUGCAGACGUCGAGGGAAAGGGUCGCGGCUGGCGGCGUGGUCGCGGCGGCGUGUGUGUGGUCUGGGCGAAAUCGAUUCGACUUCUCCCGCCCGCCCGACACCGACUGCCGCCUCCGCCCACGCACGCUGCGCUCUGUCUCCAAGAGAGAGAGAGAGAAAGGGGAGGCGAGGAGGACGUCAGCGAGGAGCCAGAGGCAAAGACUAGCCAGCCACCACCAGCGAGCAAGACCCGCUCCCCUUGUUUCCCUCCCUUUCCCGUUGUGCUCACUACCGCGUUCCCGUCUUCGGCGCCCCUAGGCCGUGCUUCAGGCUGGUACCCAACACCAUCACCACCGCCAUCACGCUCAGCCUCAUCCUUCCUUUGCAUAUACGCACGCCCCCACGCCUGUGCCCACGCCAGCUGGGCCCGCCUUUG